CUGCUGCGGAGAACCCGGACCAGCACCACUCCCCCUACAUCACCGGGCUCAAGGGGGCGAGACAGUCCGAGGUUCCGGCCACCAAGCAUGCAGAUGUCUUGCAACUGGAGGAUUUGAGGAGACACCAGCAAUCUUCGCUUCAUAUCCUGUCUCUCGAGAAGUUGCAGGGAGGUGUGCCGCAGGAUCCGCAGGAUCCGCAGGCUCCGGCAGCUCGUGUCCCUCCUUCAGCGACAGCCCCGACACCAGCACAGGUUAGGCUAGCACUGGAAGUGCUGCAGCAGCCGAAGGGCGGCCAGAGUGUGGGCUAUGCGGCCCGAUGCAGCCUGGGGAACCGAAGCGACCCCAUCGCUUUUCCUUUGGGGCGAUCCGGCUCUACAGACCACGCCGUGAUAAUCAAGACCGUUGCCGAUGUGCUUCGCGAAGAGGAUCGCAAGCUCGCCUCGAGAUGCAUUGCGGCCGGCUGGUCGGAGGAUGUCCGGAAGGAUACGAUGGCCGUCCGGAUACGGCUGGUUUCCGAAAACUACGAGGCGGCACUGGACAAGGCCCAGCACGUGCAGGAGGUUUUGCGAAGAUUUCUUCCGGAAGAUGACAAAAGGGAAGACUUUGCCAAGCUGUUCCAGGCUGCCUCUGUCCUAUUCAAAUUCGCAUUCUUCUGGGUUCUGCCAAGCCAGGUCUAUACUUCCGACGGCGAAAAAGCCGAACAGCUCGCCGGCAAGUUCGUAGCGGCUCGAGGCUAUCUGCCCUCCCUCAAACAUGUGAACCGGUGCCAGCUGCACUCGGCACAGCGAUCGCUGGAGACCGCCGUCAAAUCCGACAUUCGCAUAGCGGCCCUGCUUGAGAAGUUCGUCAAUGGGGAGCAGGGCUUCGCUCGCAAGCUCAAGAACUCCUACAAGCUCCAAGGUAAGCUCUGGGAGAAGUUCGGAGCGGUGCAGAAUGCCUUCUUCGCAGCACAACGUUUCGACACCAUGAAGGAUUGCUUGCAACGCCUCAUCCUCAACCUGGAGGCUACGAUCAGUGUCUUGAUUGACGUGGCUGCCGUCGUCCACGACCAGGAGAGCAAAAAGUGGGCGAGCUGGGCCCAGUCUCUCCUCAAUGAGCUGUCGCCUUCGAAUAUUCGGCUGCUGGCUCUGCUGACCGAGUUCUUCACCGUAAUGUCGGAAUACGUCCACCGUUUCGACUCAGCAAAGGUGAAGACGUCAGAGCCACCGGUGACCAACGUCAUCCGCACAGCUCAG